AUCCUCAGCAUUUGUCUGAUGGAAUCUGCAGAACGACGAACCAUGUCCAACACCACAGAGCCCCAGACACACAACAUACCCAGCAGGCAGCGAUGCCCGCAGGCCAACGGGCUGGAGAGCGUGGCUCCUCUCGUGCGUUCUGUGGAAGAAACGCCCGAUCCCAUCCCCACCACCAUCAGGGGAACUAUUCCAACGUGGAUCAACGGGAGCUUCUUGAGAAAUGGUCCUGGGAAGUUUGAAUUUGGGAAAGACAGUUACACCCACUGGUUUGAUGGCAUGGCCAUGAUGCACCGAUUCCACAUCUGCGAGGGCAGUGUCACAUACAGCAGCCGCUUCCUGCAAAGUGACUCAUAUGUCAAAAACUCAGAGAAGAACCGCAUUGUGGUGUCAGAGUUCGGCACUGUGGCGAUGCCUGAUCCCUGCAAGAACAUCUUCGCUCGCUUCUUUUCACGCUUUCAGGCUCCCAAGGCCACAGAUAACGCCAGUGUGAACUUUGUCAAGUACAAGGGAGACUAUUAUGUCAGCACAGAAACCAACUACAUGCGGCGAGUAGAUCCACAGAGUCUGGAGACAAAGGAGAAGGUGGACUGGACUCAAUACAUUGCCGUCAACUCAGCUACAGCUCAUCCACACUAUGACCAAGAUGGGGCCACGUACAACAUGGGCAACUCCUACGGCAAAAGCGGUUUCUUCUACAACAUCAUCCGUGUGCCUCCUCCUGACGACAAGGUAGCAUCGGAGGACUCUGCGGACCUGAGCGGAGCCAAAGUGAUCUGCUCCAUCCGAGCAGCUGAACCCAGGAAACCUUCCUAUUAUCAUAGCUUUGUCAUGUCGGAGAACUACAUCGUGUUCAUCGAGCAGCCGAUCAAGUUAGACCUGCUGAAGUUCAUGCUGUACAAAAUCCAGGGGAAGAGCUUUCAUAAAGUCAUGACCUGGGAGCCUAAGUAUAACACCAUCUUCCACCUGGUCGACAGACACACUGGCGAGGAGAGUGAAGUGAGGUACUCUGCAGCACCCAUGUUCACACUGCAUCAGAUCAAUGCUUAUGAGGAAAACGGCUUCUUGGUUAUGGACAUGUGCUGUGGGGAUGAUGGUGAUGUCAUUGGAGACUUCACGCUGGAGAACCUCCGCAACAAAUCGGGAGAGGAGAUGGACAAGUUUUACAACUCGCUGUGCAGAAACCUUCCGAGGAGAUACAUCCUGCCGCUGAACGUGGAUGAAAAAACUCCUCUGGACCAAAACCUUGUCACUCUGCAUUUCUAUAAAGCCACAGCGAAGAAGACGAAACCAGGAGAGGUCUUCAUGACCCACGAAGAGCUUUACGAUGACCAGCUGCUGAAGUACGGUGGCCUCGAGUUCCCUCAGAUCAACUACGACCGCUACAACGGCCGACCCUACCGCUACUUCUACUCCUGCGGCUUCGGGCACGUCUUCAGCGACUCCCUGCUUAAGAUGGAUGUCCACACCAAGGAGCUUAAGGUGUGGCGUCAUCCCGGCUUGUUCCCGUCUGAGCCUGUCUUUGUGGCUUCGCCCAAUGCAACUGAGGAAGAUGAUGGAGUGGUUAUGUCAGUCAUCAUCACACCCAGAGAAGAGAAAAGCAGUUUCCUCCUCGUCCUCGAUGCCAAGACCUUCACCGAGCUGGGCAGAGCCGAGGUCCCCGUCAAUAUCCCAUACGGGACCCAUGGCGUGUUUAAUGAGAUGGGCUAGAUAAGAUACUGUUUGCAACUCUGGGGCAAAUUGCUGAAACUGAGGCAGUGACCGACCACUUUAUCCACGGAAUAGAAAAUAUCUCUGUUGAAGCCACUGCCUGUAAAAAGAAACCCCCUGAACUGUAAAAAGCAGAAAAGAGCUGGGAAGGAAAAAGACUGCAGGUUCAUUCUAUUUGUUUGUGCCUCCCUGAUAGAAGGAGCUGCAUGAUCCUCACUGUGCUGCCAUUACAGUCGGCAAUCUUCUGGAGACUAACAAGCCAGAAAGUCCAGCAUGGCAUCUACAGUCAUCUUAUGUGUACGAUUUUGAAACAGUCUUUAGACCCAAAUGUUGCUUCAAAGGACCAAUGCUUAAUGUGGAAAACAUUUAGAGAAAAAAGAAACAUGGAAAUCAAUACAAACAUUAAAAUAAAA